GGCUGGUCGUGCAAUGAGGAAUCACGAUCAUUGCAAUUUCUUGCGUUAUUGAAUGUGUUUGCAAGGUAGAUACUACCUGGCCUCCCUUCCCUGCUUCCAACAAUGGACCCAGUGGUGCUGAGCUACCAGGACAGCCUCCUCAGACGUUCUGACUUGGCCCUUUUGGAAGGUCCCCACUGGCUCAACGACCAGGUGAUAGGGUUUGCCUUUGAGUACUUCGCCACAGAGCGCUUCAAGAGCCUAAAGGGGGCAGCUUGCUUCAUCAGCCCAGAGGUGACGCAGUUCAUCAAGUGCGCCUCAAGCCAGGAGGAGCUGGCUCUGUUCCUGGAGCCACUGGAGUUGCCUGCCCGCCGCUGGGUCUUCCUGGCCGUCAACGACAACUCCCACCAGACCGCCGGCGGCUCCCACUGGAGCCUGCUGCUGUACCGGCGGGACGGGAACCGCUUCAACCAUUACGACUCCCAGAGCGGCAGCAACUCGCUGCACGCCCGCCGCAUCGCCAGCAAGCUGGAGGCCUUCCUCGGGACCGGCGGGAAAGUGCCCUUCGUCGAAGAGCCGGCGCCGGCCCAGCAGAACAGCUACGACUGCGGCAUGUACGUCAUCUGCAACGCCGAGACUCUGUGCGAGCUGGCCAGGCAGGAGGACUCCACGAACCCCCUCGCCCAGAUCAUAACACCCGUCUACAUCACGCAGAAGCGUGCCGAGUGGUGCCGGCUCAUUCGGAGACUCUCCAAGGAGUGACAUGCCAGGACCUGCUGACCUCCCCUCUCAACAGUAGCCAGCAUGAGCCCUUAGAGAAAGAGGCGCUUUAACACUUUCAGUUAAAGGGGAGGGGGGAUUUCAGACAAAACAAACAUUCUUACUCACAGCAUUUAUACACGGUGAAGAUCAAGAGGAUGACAGCUAUGCCUCAUACUUGAGAAUGAAUCUGGUACCCAGAAAUAAAACGCAUACAUUUAGCAUCCAUAAAACAUCAGGUUUGAAAUGCUGUUUGAUUCUGGUUAAUUCUGAACUGACAUGUUUCUGAAAGCUAGAUUCUGUGCCAAAGUAGAUAUUAAAUGCGUAAAAGGAGAAAGGUGCCUCUUACUUGAGUGUAUACAUACAGUGGCUGGAGAAAGUAUUUACACACACCCCAGAUGUUCACCAUAUUUUGUUGUUACAACCUGAAAGUUUAUGGAUUUAGAUGGGGUUUUUUCUGAUGCACACAAUCUGCUCUACACUUUCAAUGUGCUAAAAAUGGAGGCUGAAAAAAAUAAAAACAAAACUCCUAAAAAUCUUUAUUGGAAAAUUAUUCAGCCCUUAGUAAUACUAUUAAUAAAUAAGCUCUGACUCAGCUUAUUUCCUUCAGAAUUCACACAAUUUGUUGGAUGGUAUCCACCUGUGUGUUACUGGAGUGGUUAACAGUUUAGGUUGAACACACCUGUCUUUGUAAGGUGAAAUACACCUCUCUGUGUGAGGUUGCACUAUUGGGCAUUUCAUACAAGGAAAUAUGAAGCGAAAGGAGCUUUCCCAGCAACUCGGGGAAAGUGUUGUGGACAGACACAAGUCAAGGGAGGGUUACAAAAAGACUAAGACACUAAGCACUGUGAAAUCAAUUAUCGGGAAGUAGAAGGAACACAAAACUACCCAGAAUAUUCAUCGACUAGGUCAUCCUCUAAAACUGAGCAGCUGGGGGAGAAGGGCAUUGGCCAACGAAGCAAUCAAGAGGCCAAGGACAACAGUGAAAGACCUAUAAUGAUUCCUGAUGGGCCUUAGUGUUGAGUGCUGUGUCUGGUGAAAGAAGGGCACCGAUUAUCUGUCUGACAACACCGUCCCCACUGUGGAGCUCUGGCACCGCCAUGUUGAGGGGUUGCAUGUCAUCAUCAGGGUCUGGUAGUCUCCAAGUGGCCAAGUCAAAAUCCAGACUAAAACCCAACAGACCCGAUCUGUGGCAGAAGCUAAAGAUUGCCAUACACCACCGAUCCCCACAUAAUGUGCAACAGGUAGAGCAGUUAACGCGGAAGAAUGGGCAAAAAUUAAACCUGCAAAAUGUGAAAACCUUGUGACAAUGUACUACUAAAGACUUGAGGCUGUAAUUUCUGCAGAAGGGGGAGUAAUUAAGUAUGAAAUGCAAAAUAAC